AUGUGCAGAGAAUUCAUAUUUCAUCUACUCCAGAAAUGCGCCUCACUUGUACAAAAUGUAACUAAUUAUUUUCACACUAACUCGAGGCAUACCUUAAGGGGUCCGAACAAAAUUUUGGCCUCAACUGGAUUCCACGGGGAUGUUCUUACGCUCACUAAAUUGCUGGAAAAUCGUGUGAAGACAUUUAGAUACGAUCACGGUAAAGAUAUAUCUACGAAGGCGCUCGCCGGCCUUCUUUCAGUUACCCUUUACAAUCGGCGCUUCUUUCCGUUUUACGUCAGUAAUAUAUUAGCGGGUUUGGACGAUGAGGGUAAAGGGGCGCUCUAUGGAUAUGAUCCAGUAGGGUCCUAUGAAAGAAUAAAAUAUGUGGCUUCCGGUAGCUCCGGGGUCAUUUUGCAGCCAUUCCUUGACAGCAAAAACAUGAAAACCAAUCUUCCUCCGCUCACCAAAGAUGCCGCAGUAAAACUUGCACACGAUAUAUUCAUCAGCGCCGCUGAACGAGAUAUCAACUGUGGCGAUGGAGUGGUCAUUUGUGUUAUUACUCAAAGUGGAGUUGAAGAACAUCGCUACCCUCUGCGCCGUGAUUGA